AUGCAGAGCAUGCCGAGUGAAACAACAAUAAACUCAGAGCAUUACAAGAGUAAGGAACCAAUAUGCCGAAAUGAGAAAUUAACAGAAUAUUCUGACCAUUCAGAAAUGGGUAAUACUAAGGAUGCCUUUAAUGACCCAAAGGAUAAUUUUGAUAGAAAAAUAUGUGAUAAUAUGAAUGAGAGACUAAAUAUUUAUGAUGAUAUUAUAAGUGAAAUAAAAGAAUUAUAUAAUGGAAAUAUUGUUAUGAAUAAUAAAGGUCUUGAUAAAUUAAAUAUAAGAAAUGUAGCUAAAGGAUUAUUUUUAAAUGUUAAUAAAACUAUAUCAAAAAAGGUACGAGUUUUAAUUAUAGGUAAUUCCUCAUCAGGAAAAAGUACAUUUAUUAAUUGGUUUUUGCAAGAAAAUAUUCAAAAAACUGGGUAUGAAUUUGAAACAAACCAUUUUACACUUAUAACUAGUGGAAAUUAUAUAUCUGAAUUUAAUGGUGAUAUUACAAUAAAAACAUUUGAUUUUUUAAAACAAAUAUCAAGUAGAAAUCGAAAUUUUAAAAAUAAUUUAUGUACAAAAAUGUAUGUGUGCAAAAAUCCAGAAAUAAAAAAUAUCGAUUUUAUUGACACACCAGGUUUAAAAGAUAUAAUGAACAAAGUUGACUAUGAUAUUAAUAGUAUUAUAUAUGAUCUAUCUGAUUAUGUUGAUAUUAUUUUAGUAUUUUUUGAUUCAUCAGGAAAAUCACUAAGUAAUCGCUUACUUUUGAUUAUUAAAGAAAUAUAUGAAAAACAUAUGGAAAAAAUGCUUUUUAUUUUUUCAAAAAUUGAUGAAAUAAAAUAUGAACAAGACAGAAUAAAAUUAUUAUGUCAAACUACUCAAUGUUUGGCUAGUAAAAUUAAUAUUCGUUCUAAUAUUGAUCUAUUACCUAUUUAUAUAUAUGGUGCAAAGAAUGGAAGAUAUUUAUUUGAAAAUGCACAGAGCAAUGAUAAUUUAUGUAUUGUAAACAGAAUUAAUGACAUUAUUUAUGAAAUAAAAAAAUUGUUUUUUAAAAAAUUGGAAAAAGAUUUAUAUUGCUUAAUUAGCGAUUGUGAUUGUAUUAUUAACAAAAUUUUGGAUAUUCUUAAGACAGACGGAGAAAGAAGUGCUCACAAAUCAACCUUAAAAAGAGAAAGAAUAAAACACACAAUAAUACAAGUUAUUGUAUUCACCCUGUUUCUUUUCUUCCUCUUUACUCAACUUUCGGUUCACAAUUAUUACAAGAAUAUUAUUGUCAGCUAUUUGGAUAUAUCUAAUAAUAAUUUCUACAAAGAUUAUGUCAUAAACACCGGAUCAGUUCUCAACAACUGGGAAAACUCAUAUAUUUUGAUAAACGUCACAUUGGUAGGAUUCUUUUUAUUAAGUGGAAUUAUGAAAAAGAAGUUUACCAAAAAUAUAAAAACAUUACAUGUUUCAAGCAAAGAAAUACUAAGGGAGCAACUCACAUUUGCAAUGUUCGCUAAAGACAGAGGAAAGUAUUUAGCAAAAACAUUUUAUGAAUUAAAACAAAAUUGA